CAAUUGAAAACGGUCUGGAUCACAAAUAACAGGAGAAAUCUGUAAUAUUCCUUUAAACUGGAUCGUUGUGAAUCGACAAGAAGAGGAUCUUCUAUCUUUUAGAAGGGGCCAAGAGAAGUCCUAGCAAAGACGUGGACCGCAAGCAGAUCCUCGUUGCCAUGGAAAAAUUAUAUUCAUUCGCAUCGGCGUUGUUGGUGGUAUUUCUGUCGUGCACUACAGCACAGAGUCCGCUUCCAGUUCUCUCAGACUGUAGUCCUUGCUGGUGUGACAGCGCAGGAAACUGUCCCGACCCUCGGGAAGUAUGCCCCGAGAUACUUAACUGCAAUACAGGGGUGGUGAAAGAUAAGUGUGGCUGUUGUUACGUUUGUUUAAAGUCAAUCGGAGAAAUGUGCAAAAGAGAGCCACACCAAAAGGAUGAGGAAAGAUGCGACCGGGGACUGCAAUGUCUACCGGGUGAAGACACGUGGAAAUGCGAAGAUUUUAAACCAGAGAACCUUAAAAUCAGCAGAUGUGAAAAGAUGGGCAAAGACCGAUGUUAUGACCUGGUCACAAGGAAAUCCUAUCGAACUGGAGAAAUUUGGAUCCGAGGAGAUUUCACUUGCACAGCGUGUGAAUGUGAAAGUAGCGGUCAGUUAUACUGCUGGUCGAUAAAAUGUAACGUUCCACGCUGCAAGGACCCUGUUCGAGUCGAGGGAAGAUGCUGUGAGUUCUGCUUGGACAGCGACGCCAAAAAGGUGUGCCAUUUCAAUGGGAAGACGUUCUUUCAGAGUGAAAUCAUUGUGUUACAAGACCGCAAGACAAUUUGCCAGUGUCAAAAGUCUCGAGGUUGGGUAUGUGAAGAGGGCAUUAAACGAAGUAUGCAACCACUUAACGAGUCACCGCAGUGUGAUGAUCCACUGUCCAGAAGAGUCUUCAAGAAGGGUGAAAUGUGGAGAUUAAGUGAAUGUGCUCACUGCGUUUGUGGAGAAUCCAACACAAGCAGCUGUUCCGUAGUGCGCUGUCCUACACCAAGGUGUAAUGAUCCUUUUAAGAUAAAAGGAAUAUGCUGUCCAGCGUGUCCACAGGACUACCAAGAAGUUUGUCACUUUGAGGGAAAAAAAUACUUCCGUGGUGAACUUAUAGUUCUACCUGACAGAUGCACGUCGUGUACAUGCGUAAACUCCCAGUGGCAGUGCUCAUCUUGGAGGUGUUCGUUUACGAAGAUGAUAAAAGAACCCUUAGCCAUGAGACGAGACUAGGCCUCCGGAAUUCAGCUAUAGCUUUUCAGCGCCCCUGGAAAGGUUCAUUUCAGUUAUAUGAUCCAUUCCAGAUGAAAGGACUUCGACAGGCAAUGCCGUGAGAUAAUUCAAAAUUGCGAUGCUCCGCUAGCUUUGCGGUGAAUUCCCUUUUUAACCGGAAAUAAUGCAUAAGUUCUCGCCGGAACUAUAUUAAUAUCACUGAGAGGACGUAUGCAAAAAUAUCUCAAUUUGCUUUACAUUUGAUUUGCAAUUCAAAUUAAAUUUGAAACUUUUCUGACAAUUAAGGAAACAUUUUUCCCCUCCGGGAAUAAAAUAUAGAUUUUGAGCUUUAGGCUCUUUUAAUUCACGGUAUGGUAUUUCCUUAAAAAGAGGAAAAGAAAAUUUUGUUUUUAGGUGAAGCCAUAAUGAGAAGCUCCCUAGUUCACAUUUUUGCACAAAAAUUUUAAUUGAUGACCAGGAAAGUCAUGAUCAUGUCUGGAUCGAGAAGGGGUGUACAUUGUGACACUGGUAGGAAGUUUGUUGCAAACUUACAAAGUCUUAAAGCUAUGAGUCAAUUCAAUUUGUUUAUAUUUUAUUCUAUAGUCUUAUUAGAAAAAAUAAGAAAACAACUGAGACAAUUAAUUAGGCAAAUGAAUAAUACUUGCGCCAAAGGUAAAUAAAGUUUAGCUUUUGUUCCACAAA